AUGCUCCGCUCAGUCACAAUCUAUGGCGGUGUGGACGUGCAAGUUCAGAAGAAGGCUUUAUCUCAGGGAGUUCAUUGGUGCGUGGCGACGCCUGGCCGCUUGCUGGACUUCUUGGAACGCAAGUGGUUGUCUUUAGAGAAGCUCGCCGUGCUAGUCCUAGACGAAGCCGACCGGAUGCUGAAUCAAGGCUUUGAACUGGAUUUGCGGAAGAUCAUGUCCUAUAGACCAGUGAAGCUUCAGACGCUUCUGUUCACCGCAACUUGGGAACCUUCCACAAAGGUGCAGCUCCUGGCAAGUGACUUUUUGGUGGAUCCGGAGAUCAUCGAAAUCAGCAAUGCAAGCAGGGCUGCCAACCCAAACAUCACUCAUCAAUUUCAUGUGUGUCGCAGCGAGCGUGAGAAGCUCACACGACUGAUCGAGCAGAUCGGCCAGCUAACCGAUCAGCAGAAACUGAUCGUUUUCGUCAAUACCAAGGCAGGCUGCCUUGAAGUCCAGUCCACCUUAGCCCGCUUCCGGAUACCAUCAUUUAUUUUACAAGGAGAUAUGGACCAGGCCAGCAGAGAGGCCUCCUUGACUGAAUUCAGGAACAAGCCAGGAGUGUUGGUGGCUACAGAUGUAGCCGCACGGGGCUUGGACGUUGACAAUGUGAAGGUGGUCUUCAAUUUUGAUUUGCCAACGACCAGUGAUACCUUUGUCCAUCGUGUGGGGCGGACGGGUCGCGCUGAGCAGCAUGGGAUGGCAGUGACUCUGCUGAACCCUUUCGACAGACGGGAGCAACAAGUUGCCCAAGAAGUGGCCAAUUACUUAGUUGCCGCUGGCGUCUACAACAUGGAGCUGCAUGUUUUUUUGCAAGAAGGCCUGGAGACUGGAAGCACUUUCAGUGGUGUCACUGGCGGCUACACCCACAACACAGGUCUCACACAGCCGGAUAUUGAAUUGGAAGGACACCAGCUGGCGCGUGUCUUGGCCAGUGACGAGGACAUCGUGAAGGAAACCCUUCGGCGAGGCUUGCGCUUCUUGAACAUUGAGCGAAGCAAAGCUUUGGAUGAUCGUUUUCGUCGCCCAAAAUGGCGCUUCCGCCGCUUGGUAUCUUUCAAAGAGCUCAGGGAGGCAGCAAAGCGACAUGAGAAAGGUGAAGAAGCCUUGGGUUCGCUAGCUCGUGAAUCCAACGAAGCUGGCGAAAGCAUGUUGGGAAUCGUGCACGUGAUGAUCACUGAUUUGUAUGAUCCCACAACAUAUGUGGCAACUGAGAUGUUUGAAGUCCCUCAUGAGCGUGACCACAAGUGGCAAGUUUUCUGCCAGGUGACCGAGAUGCUUAUGGAGUCCGAUGAUGUUGAAUUUGCAGAGCAAGUCACUGGGAAUGCAGCAUUUCAGGAAGCACUACAUGCAACAUGGCUGGAGGGUGAUACUGAGGAUGAGUUCUACUUCCAGACAUUCAGCAAGCAACCCUUUCCACAGUUCAAGUAUAAGCCGCUACUUCACCAUCUUUGUGAGGAAGGCACCUUUGUCGAAACUUUGCGUUUCCUCCUGAGCCGCUUUUCGCACCAGACGGCGGAAAAGCCAUGGCUGAGGUUAGUGGAUGUGGAACAACGGGAGAAGCAGUAUGGCAACACUGCCUUUCACAUUUGUGCCUAUGCUGGGCAUGUUGAACUUCUCGAUGAGCUUGUGAAACAUGCUCAGAAACAUGAAGUACCUGUGGAGCUGCUGAAAACAACCAAGGGGGAAACAGCUUUGGACGUGGCCUUGGCACGAAACAACUAUGCUUGCUUCAAUCUUCUAGUUCCUUUCUUUGCGGGUGCGCAGCCAUAUGACGAAAGCAACAACUCCUCCAAGUCGCAGAGUGUGCUGGUAGUGGAUGGUCCUGAAGAGACGGGCCAGCCAGCUGAGCGUGUUUCUUGCGAUUUACCGAGCUCCCUGUCUUUGAGAGAUCUCACUACCCACUUGCAAGUGCUUUUGAAGCAGCUUCCAGGCAAACCUCACCUCAUCCUUUUGAAGAAGGUUCACCUUCAUUUGGGUGGUUCUUUGCGUUCUUGA